UUUGCCUCCAGCUGGAUGAAAGUAGCAGCGUUGCAGGAGAUGAGUACCAGCAGCAACACUAUCGCAAUGUCACCGCUUCUAGGACAAGAUCACACACCCUGACCAUUGUCGACUUGCAUCGUCUCGAGCCCACCGCAGUAGAUCCUCUUCGCCAACUGCUCAUUGGUUGGAUGCAAGGCUACAUGCGAAGCCGGUUUACAUAUCUCCAUCUUCGGGAUCUCAGUCGUCC